GCGCGCGCGGGCGGCGGCGGCAGUGUCUGCGGGACGCGCGUGGAGGUCGGUCGCUCGGAGCUGCUGGGUCCUGCGGCUUCGGCAGGGCAGGGCCGGCGAGCGAGUCCCCGCGAAACCCCGGUGGCGCUCCCCUCCUCGCAGCCUGCGCGGACUGUGCGCUCGUCCCCUCUGCUCGGUCGUACCCCCUCCGCGGCCUCGAGGCGCUUUCCGUUGGGCCGAUUCCCGCCCGCUUCCUCCUGCUCCCCGUUGAAGCUCCAGAGAUGAGUUUUUCCAUCUCUUCAGAGAUGAACCAGAUUAUGAUGCAUGAUUAUCACAGAAGAAAUUCGUGUCUAUAGCUUUAAAGGACUUGAUUACAUCAUUUUCAAGCCUGAUAGUUUUGGAAUUGCCGUUAGAGCUUAAGACACCUCUGCCUUCACUUCAACCACCUGUCUUCACACCUUGACAGAGUUCUGAGUUUCCCUUGUCCUUGGAUUAUUUAAAACGUCCUAGAUAUACUUUACUCACCAAGAUAGUAGCCAAAUUUAUAAGGAAAAAUGAUUCCCAAUGGAUACUUAAUGUUUGAAGAUGAAAACUUCAUUGAGUCUUCAGUUGCCAAAUUAAAUGCUCUGAGAAAAAGCGGCCAGUUCUGUGAUGUUCGACUUCAGGUCUGUGGCCAUGAGAUGUUGGCACACAGAGCAGUCCUGGCCUGCUGCAGUCCUUAUUUAUUUGAAAUCUUUAAUAGUGACAGUGAUCCUCAUCGAGUUUCUCAUGUUAAGUUUGAUGAUCUCAAUCCAGAAGCUGUUGAAGUCUUGCUGAAUUAUGCCUACACUGCUCAGUUGAAAGCCGAUAAGGAAUUAGUCAAAGAUGUUUAUUCUGCGGCCAAAAAACUCAAGAUGGACCGAGUAAAGCAGGUUUGUGGUGAUUAUUUACUAUCUAGAAUGGAUGUUACCAGCUGCAUCUCUUACCGAAACUUUGCAAGUUGUAUGGGAGACUCCCGUUUGCUGAAUAAGGUUGAUGCUUAUAUUCAGGAGCAUUUGUUACAAAUUUCAGAAGAGGAAGAAUUUCUUAAACUUCCACGGCUAAAGUUGGAGGUAAUGCUCGAAGAUAAUGUUUGCUUGCCCAGCAAUGGCAAAUUGUAUACAAAGGUAAUCAACUGGGUGCAGCGUAGCAUCUGGGAGAAUGGAGACAGUCUGGAAGAGCUGAUGGAAGAGGUUCAAACCUUGUACUACUCAGCUGAUCACAAGCUGCUUGAUGGGAACCUACUAGAUGGACAGGCUGAGGUGUUUGGCAGUGAUGAUGACCACAUUCAGUUUGUGCAGGCGCUGCCCCAGACUACCCCAGAGGAAACAUUAUCUGGACUUCCGAAGCAUUACAUUAGUUUGCCUAUGUUUGAAAUUUAUAAAAAGCCACCACGUGAGAAUGGCCAUAAGCAGAUAAGUAGCAGUUCCAUUGGAUGUCUCUCUUCUCCAAAUGCCACAGUGCAAAGCCCUAAGCAUGAGUGGAAAAUCAUUGCUUCGGAAAAGACUUCAAAUAACACUUACUUGUGCCUGGCUGUGCUGGAUGGUAUAUUCUGUGUCAUUUUCCUUCAUGGGCGAAAUAGCCCACAGAGCUCACCAACAAGCACUCCAAAACUCAUUAAAAGUUUAAGCUUUGAGAUGCAACCAGAUGAGCUAAUAGAAAAGCCCAUGUCUCCGAUGCAGUACGCACGAUCUGGCCUGGGGACAGCAGAGAUGAAUGGCAAACUCAUAGCUGCAGGUGGCUAUAACAGAGAAGAGUGUCUUCGAACAGUUGAAUGCUAUGACCCACAUACAGAUCAUUGGUCAUUUCUUGCUCCCAUGAGAACACCAAGAGCCCGAUUUCAAAUGGCCGUACUCAUGGGUCAGCUCUAUGUGGUGGGUGGAUCGAAUGGCCACUCAGAUGACCUGAGUUGUGGAGAGAUGUAUGAUCCAAACAUAGAUGACUGGACUCCUGUUCCUGAAUUGAGAACUAACCGUUGUAAUGCAGGAGUAUGUGCUCUGAAUGGGAAAUUAUACAUCGUUGGUGGCUCAGAUCCAUAUGGUCAAAAAGGACUGAAAAAUUGUGAUGUAUUUGAUCCUGUAACAAAGUCAUGGACAAGCUGUGCUCCUCUUAACAUUCGUAGACAUCAGUCUGCAGUCUGUGAGCUUGGUGGUUAUUUAUACAUAAUCGGAGGCGCAGAGUCUUGGAAUUGUCUGAACACAGUAGAACGUUACAAUCCUGAAAAUAACACCUGGACUUUAAUUGCAUCCAUGAACGUGGCCAGGCGAGGAGCUGGAGUAGCUGUCCUUGGGGGAAAGCUGUUUGUAGGUGGCGGCUUUGAUGGCUCUCAUGCCAUCAGCUGUGUGGAGAUGUACGAUCCAACCAGAAACGAGUGGAAAAUGAUGGGAAACAUGACUUCACCGAGGAGCAAUGCUGGCAUCACAACCGUAGGGAACACCAUUUAUGCAGUGGGAGGAUUUGAUGGCAAUGAAUUUCUGAAUACAGUGGAAGUCUACAACCUUGAGACAAAUGAGUGGAGCCCCUAUACAAAGAUUUUCCAUUUUUAACAAAUUUAAGACCCUUUCAAACUAACAGGCUUAGUGAUGUAAUUGUGUUUAGUAGAAGUACACUUGUGAAUAAGGAGGGUGGGUGGGUAUAGAUGUUGCUGACGGCAACACAGAGCUUUUGCAUAUUGCAUAUUAUUAAACAUGCUGUAUAUACUUUUUGUGUUUAUUGGGAAAGGAAUGCAAAGAUGAAGGUCUGUUUUUGUGUAUUUUUAGGACUACUUUGGUUAUUUUAAUUUUUGGAAGUUGAUACUGUAAAAGAAUAAACCAAGAAUUGAUUGGGCACGUCAUUUCAACAAGUCCCCUCUCCUCCACAUUUGUUUUGCCAAUUUGCACAUUAAAUGACUCUUCCCUCAAGUGUGUACUGUGGGGCAAGAAGGGUAGGGUUUUAAGAUACAGGCAGUUGGAUUUUUUAAGGGCCCUUUUUCAAUAACUGGAACACUCUAUGACAAGAGACUUAUUUAACUAGAUGACAAUAACUAUUUUUGUUUUUAUUAAAAGAAAGCUUACAUGCCUACCAAGGUUUAAUCUUUUAUGACUGCCUUUUUGUAACUUUUUAUAUUCUCAGCAGAGUGCUAUACUUGUUCAAGUAAAAUGUGGCAGAUUCAAAUUACUGAAGCAGAGUGGCAAGAUGGAGAAUGAGGUGUUCUAUAUGCCCAGAAUGCAAACUUCAAAGCUUUUGCCUCAGCUACAGUGUUUUUUGUUUUGAGAAUGCUAUACCAAUGUUUAUUUGAAUGGAGUUGCUGAACAGUAACAUAGCUAUGAUUUUUAUUUGAUAUACUAAUUUUAAAUAUUUUGACUUCUUGGGGAUAUAUUUUAUAUAGCAAGACGCUCAAUAUUAUAUAUACAACAGUAAAGAACAGUGAAGUAUUUUAUCUUCUGAAUAAUUCUUACUUUUAUUUAUCAUUAACAAAACAAUCUUAGAAGUGGCAGGCCUUGAUUGUGAAAAGAAUUAAACUGUAUUGGGUUUAUGAAUGCAGCCUUUAUCAGAACUAUGUUUUUGUUCAGUUUUUCUAUUCAUAUGGAUAAAUAUUGGUUGGGGUGGUGACUUGGUAUCUAAUGUGUAGUGCUGGACACAGAACUUAUGGUGCCAGAAUCAGAACAUCCUAAUGCUUGCUGCUGAUGCAAACAUAUUAAAGGUACGUUGCAGGAGAUCCUUGCACCAGGCGAUUAAUAUCCAAAUGUUGUUUGUGUAGUCACUCAUUCAUUACUAAAAGUUUUGAGGGCAAAAAAACUUUUUUUCAGUAACAACAGGUUUAAGGUGUUUGUGGGAAGAUAGUUACCUGGCAUCUUACAUCUGAAGUAAGGACUGAUGUUAAGUUUGUUUUUCUUUUUUUUUAAUCUCAGAGAAGACAGAGAGGCACACAGAAUCUAAUGAGUCAACUAGGACAAUGGCUAGCCAGCGGCUAGCCUGGGUUAGAAAGAAAACUAGGUAUUUUCUCCAAAUAUUGCACAGGUAUUUUGAUACCUUAUUUUCACUGAUCUGUUCCACUGAGAACCAGCAAGAAAGGAAAUCAGUUUGCCUGGUGGCUGCGUAGUUCCUGACUCUAUUUAUCACUGGUUUGGUUCUGGACUAAAACAAGGUUGGCAGAUUUGAAUUUGCCUAAUAUGAUGACUGUUUUUAAAAUGGAUCUGUAUAUGUUCUAUUUAGCACAAAGAAAUAAACUUUAGUGGGGAAUUCAAAGUAAAA